UAAAACAACAUUAUGAAAUAAACAUAAUAGUUUAAUAAAAGCCGCACGUUACUUUACAUUUGCACAUAGUAGUUAAUAAAGUAAACCUAUUGAGUUGGCGGCAAAAACGAUCAAUUUUGCCCCAGUGCCCGGUUUUCUAUGUAAGAAAAGGAAAAUGGAUCUGGACUGGCAGAAUAGCCUGACGGAGAUCAAGGACCGCGGACAAUAUCUGCUGCACUCGGAGAAAUGGGCCGACUGUCAUUUUCUAGUGGGCACGCCACCCAAUCAACGCUUAAUAGCCGGUCACAAGCUGCUCCUGGCAAUGGCGUCGCCUGUGUUCGAGCGCAUGUUCUUUGGCAAUCUGCCGGACAAGACUGAUCCUAUAAUCAUACCCGAUGUGCAGGCGGAGGCGUUCGAGGCCAUGCUGGAGUACAUAUACACGGAUCGCAUAUCCAUCGGAUCCUUUGACAAGGCCUGUGAGCUCUGCUACGUGGCAAAAAAGUAUAUGCUGCCCCAUGUGGUGACACGUUGCACGCACUUUGUCUGGGCGGAUCUAAGUCCAAAGAAUGCAUGUCGUGCCUACGAGUUUGCCAAGCUAUUCGAUGAAUCGACGCUGAUGAAGAGCAGCAUGGAUUUGAUAGCGGCCAAUACACGCGAAGUGCUUAAUGAUCCGAGCUUCCUGGACAUAGAGGUGUCCACAUUGAUGGCCAUACUCGAUCAGAAUCGCCUUUACAUAGACUCUGAGCUCGAUUUGUUCAAUUGCCUGGUCAAGUUUGCCAGCGAGCGUGGCAUACUAAACGAGAGCAGCCAGGAUAGUGUGCCCAGUGGCAGCGGUAGCCAGAAGGCCCAAUCUUGUGCAGAGCGUGCUGAGCACUCUGCCUCCGUGGAUAGUGUGGCAGCCAAUGUGGUGGUGGAGGAAAUUAAAAUGGAGCCGGAUGUUAUAGCAAUGGUGCUGCAUAUGCAACAAGAUGAGGAGCUCGAGAUGGCACCCAAUGGCUCCGCAGGCAAUUCACCUGUGCCCGAUGCUGUCAGCGCGGCCGCCGCUGCUGUCGCUUCUCCGUCACCCACGCAUGCCAGCGAUGAUGUGGUUAUUAUCGAUAGCGACGCCUCAGGCCAUGCCCAUGAGCCCAUGAACGCCACCGAUGCAGCCAGCAAUAUGCUCAACAUAAUGGACGUGCAGCGCAGCAUUAUGGACACUGCCAUGCUGCGCCAGGCGGUUAAGAAAAUACGUUUUCUUACCAUGACGCCGCAGCAGUUUGCCGAAGGACCCGCGCGCUCCAAGCUGUUGCAGCAGCACGAGGCUUUGGCCAUACUUAUCAAGAUCUCCAGCCCCACGCUGAACGACUGCGACAUGCCCGAGGGCUUCUGCAGCUCGCGCAGCUCACGCAAUUUCUAUGAAUCGUCACAUCAUCAGCACAAACUGAAUUCUUCCUAUCGCAACAAUAACAUCGAAUCGAGCAGUACCGCUUGGGCUUCCGGAGCGCCAACGCGCACCACCAAUCAACCGUUAUUCACACGCCAGCGCACCAGUGCACCACUGAACCUGAACAUGGACAAUAUGCCAGCAAUUGCAGCGCUCAUGAGCCAUGAGCAGUUGGGAUUUCAAGCUAAUGGUGUUGCUGCUGCUGCUGCCGGCGCUGCGGCUGCUGCAGCGGCAGCGGCAACUGGCUUUGCCGAUGGCUUUGAGUGCGCUGCUCCUGUUGCGCCCGCUGCUCCGGCUCUGGGACAGAUUGUGCCCACUGGCAGGGACAGCGAUAACUCGCAUCACGACAUGAUACGCAGCUAUUGCAUGCGCUCGAUUAGCCGACAGUUUGACUAUCGCAACAUGAGCGUCACUGAUUGCGGAGUCACGUUUCAAGUGGACACCAACAUUUGGAUCUUGGGCGUGCAGGUGCCCACGCAGGUGCUCUGCGGCGAGCUGAUGAACUCGGCCGGCUUUGCCGAGCACUAUACGGAAGUGUUGUAUGCCCACAUUCAGGAUAUGCAUGGUUCGCGUAUUGCGUAUACGCACUGUACGGCACGCGUGCGUUAUGACUCGCAUCUGGAUAUCACCUUCGAUCGCCCCGUCUAUAUCUAUCGCAAUCAGAUCUACAAAGUAUUUGUCGUCUUCAACAAGACGGGAUGGUAUCCCAUGUACUCCUGUGUGCCCGACUCCAUCAGGCAGCGGGUCAAGUUCAUGUUCAAUGUGGGCAAUCCCAUGGAAUCGGUGCGUGAUGGCCUGAUAUAUGCAAUUAUAUUCUCAACGCCUCAGGAUCAUGCACGCCAGCUGGUUGACUGAGAAUAUCAAUCGAUUGAGGAACGUUCAGUUUACUUGUGAUAGUUUUUUAAUACUAGUGAAUAGCUUGAAUACGAACGAAUUGCGUUUUAACGCCUUUUUAGAGGCACUAACUAAGCAAGUAUACAAUUUUCUUAAACUUAAAUUUAUAAGUUGCCCAAAAUUUUAAUUUCAUUAAAUCUUCCAACUUUUUGCCACAUUAGCCACAAAGCGUG